AUGCCUGAUAUAUUUGGUGAUAUGUUUGGACAGGUGAAGACUGGUAUUGAAGAUGUGUGGUAUGGCUCUGGAUUGGCGUUACUUGGCACCAUGGGAGGGGAACGGAUGUGGCGAUCCCAAAGAAUAGCACCGUUGGAAGGACCCAAGAUGGUGGGAUCCGUGUCGCUCAAAGGACCUUUCCAGGACCCUGCAUCGUUGGGGUUGCUCGCUAGCCGCUGCUUUCACGACCCAUCGACUCUCCAGGCCGAUGCUACCUUACGUGCUCAAGAUGGAAGGCUUCUUGGAUGGCGCAGCGUCCGCCUCCGGCUGGAUGCGGGGGUCUUCUUCAAAUGCGGGGCGACGUCAUUCCAAAAACACAUGUUCUGGUAUCCUAACCAUUGCUCUUGGAGAAGCUCCCUCGCCUUGGCCGAUAGUAAUGCCACCGGGUUCCAAUGUUUCCUGCUCUCCUCCGAUCCAGAUGAUCUUCAACGUGGCGGGGUUGAGGUCUUCGACGGUCUCGACCCGAUCUCUAAACUCAUUGUUCUGCAUUCUGGCCGUCCCAAAAUGUCUUCUUUGAGAAAACCGACCCGUCCCCGAUGGUACCGGCCAGGCCGGUUAGCGCUGCAGGCCUGGAUUCCCGCCAUAUCAAACAACUACCCGCGCGUGUGCGUCGAAAGGACAUCAAUUGGUGCACUCUAUCUCCAAAGACCUAGCCAUUUCCGGAACGCCGCUACCAACGCAGUGACAACCGCCGGGCUGCUGCCAGAACCCAUUCUGGCUGUCUUCGAGUCUGCCUAG